UAGAGUUAAGUAAAAGCCUCGCGCAGUAAUAAACUAAUAACCAAUACAAUGUAGUGAAAUUUAUAUCAUUCAUAUAUAAUUGUAUAUAUUUAUAUAUUUUCAGUGUUAUAAAAAUUAAAAUAACCCAUCAAAGAUACUUUUUUAACUCAUAAAUAAUAAAAAUACCGGAGAAUCCUCGAGCCAUUGACACUGGUUAGCAAAAAGAAAUGAAAGCUCUUUUAAAAUAUUUGUUAUCUAAUUUAAUUGUUUGAUUAAUUAGUAUAAUUUUAAAAGUUAAAGUGAACGACUGAAGAAACAACAUAAUAAAUAUUUUAAAAAUCCAAUUGUUAUAUAUUUUAUAGGUGAUAAAAAAAUGACGGUCUCGGUACACGUGUAAACUGAUAGAAUAAAACAAGUGAAUGGUGUGUGGGUUAUCCAGUAUAAGUUAUAAGUACUAGUAUUGGUAUCAGUCUUGAUGUUGAUGUUGGUGUUGGUGACAGCAAUUAAUUGCCCACCGUUUGUGUAUCAGAUGUAAUGUACUGAGAAGAGACAAGAGACCCCGAGCUGGUAAUGUAUGAAUGUGAAGAGAGGAUAAUGUGGCUGUGGUUGGUUCAGACUCGGAGAUAAUAUAAAUUUACUUGGGGGACUGCCGAUGUUGAUGGUGAGACAACUCAACCAGCUUAAUGUAAUUGUUGUGCUGGGUUUUUAGUACUACUCAAUCAACUGUUGCCCCAACUAUACCCAUCACCUAGAACCUAUUCUAGAUAGAUAGAUAUUAUCAUAUAUUUUAUUUAUAUUUAUUUUACUGAUACUGGUACUAGUACUAGAACUGGGACUAGGACUGGGACCAAGACUCGGACGGUUUAAAUUAAUUAAUUCUAAAUUUGGUGAUUUAUUUAUUUGGAAGAAAGAUUAAAAUGCUGAAGGGUUACACCCCGGUUACACAGGCCCUGCUGGGCACUCUAUUCACCUGGGGAUUGACUGCUGCUGGUGCUGCUGUUGUUGUCGUCAUUCAAGGCAAACAGAGAAAACUGCUGGACAUCAGUCUGGGAUUUGCUGCGGGCGUGAUGCUGGCCGCCAGUUUCUGGUCUCUGUUAGCGCCGGCGAUCGAAAUGGCAGAGGAGAGUAAACUUUACGGUGAAAAUGGUGAAUUUGCAUUUGUGCCAGUCGCCGUUGGAUUUUUAAUCGGCGCAGCGUUUGUUUACGGAACCGAUUUGUUGAUAACAUCUCUAGGAAUUCAGUCCCCAAAUGUGCUAUUAGCAAUGCAGUCAGUCGGUACGAAACAAAGACGCAAAAACCUCAUGAUGAAUGAUGAAAGAAAAGUUAAAAGUGACGAGGAUUUAGACACUAUUAAUAAUGUAAUUAGUGGCGUACAAAUAACCAGUGGCAAUAUUUAUAAUGAGUCCACCACAAUCGAUGGUUUUUAUGAGCAAAAUACACGACGACGAAUACCUGGAUCCGUAUCCCGAAAUUCUGAGAUCGGCGAACAAGGUUGUGUGUACGAAGACCCCGGAAUUGAGGCGAAAAACAAUCAAUGGCGACGUAUUGUUCUACUGGUCGUCGCUAUUACGGUCCAUAAUAUUCCGGAAGGCCUCGCAGUCGGCGUCGGUUUCGCUGCCGUAGGCAGCAGUGCAUCAGCGACAUUCGAAAAUGCUCGAAAUCUCGCCAUCGGAAUCGGGAUACAAAAUUUUCCAGAAGGCCUUGCAGUAUCAUUACCCCUGCAAGCCGCUGGCUUCAGUACCCUCAAGAGCUUCUGGUACGGACAACUAUCGGGGAUGGUCGAACCAAUUGCUGGGUUACUUGGAGCUGCCUGUGUAUCCCUGGCGAGCCCGGUGCUUCCUUAUGCACUGGCAUUUGCCGCAGGCGCCAUGAUUUAUGUCGUCGUAGACGACAUCAUCCCGGAAGCACAUCAAAGUGGCAACGGCAAAUUGGCCAGCUGGGGCGCCAUGGUUGGCUUCCUAAUCAUGAUGGCCCUCGACGUAGGACUUGGUUAAUUAUUUAGUAAUUGUUCUCCGCCAGAAUCCGAGGACAGUAUUCAUUUUUAUAAGCUAGACAUAAUUAAUAAAAAAAAAAAUAAACACACAGUUAUCAUAAAUAAUGCAGCUCUUUGCUCAAAGCAGGCUCCGUUAGAUUCAAGGAUCGACUUUACUUUAUAAUAAUAAUAAUAAUUAUUGUCGGUGAUUUUUACUGAACGUCAAAGCAUCAGUCAAUUAAAUAAACAGAAAAUAGUUUAAUUAAGUUAAAUAUUUACAAUUAACGGGUCUACGUAACUCAACCGGAAUUAAUAAUUAAUUAAUAUCUAAUGACAUUUAUCGCUCACUAGCUUCUAUCGAUCUCUUCAUCUAGUAAAUUUAUAACCGAUUUAUAAACAGAGUCAAUAAAUAUGAUCUUGUGGUACUGAUAUAUGUGUUAAGUAGCUGAAAAUUUUAUAAUAACAUCAAUUUAUAGUUAUUUAAUUACUGUUACGUUAAUUGGCUGAUGUUACUAUCAGAAUUUUAAUUAUUUCUUUUUUUCCUCUUAAUUUUUUAUCUAAAGGAUAAUUUAUGAUUUUUUUUCUUCAUAUAUUUAUAGAGAUAAAUGUAAGUACAUACAUUUUAAAAAUAAUUGUGUAUUGCAAUUUGUUUUUUUUUUUUUUUUUUUAAACUUCCCGUGAAAAAAAUAGAGAUUUUUAUUUCUUUUUAAACUUCCCGCGAAGAGAAAUAGAAGUAUUUUUUUUUUUUUAAUUUCCCGCGAAAAACAAUAGAAAUUUUUUUUUCUUCAACUUCCCGCGAAGAAGAUACGAUUUUUUUUUAAACUUCCUGGGAAGAAAAAUAAAAAAAUUUUUUUUUUAAUUUCCCGCGAAGAAAAAUACAAUUUUUUUUUUUUAAAUUUCCCGCGAAGAAAAAUACAAUUUUUUUUUUUUCAAUGCCGCGUGAAAAAAUUUUAAAUUUUUAUUUCUUUUUAAAUUUUUCCCGCGAAAAAAAAAAAAAUUUUUUUUUGUGAUUGUAAAAUAUGUAUAACAAAUAAAUAUGUUACACAUCUUGUAAAUAAUACAUUUAUAUUUUGAUACUUGAUGUGUGUUUAAAAUAAUAAAAAUUAAAUGUAAAUACUGUUAAUUAAUUAGGGAGAGGAAUUGAAUUAAUGGUAUUUUAAAAAUAAAAAUAAUUAAAUACUGAGAGGCCAGUGAUAAAAAAAUUUUAAAACGGUUUAUAUUAAACUAAAUGCCUGAAUGAUGAGCCUGGUAAAUGAAGGCUCCAUAGGAAAAAAAAUUUUUAAUUAAUCGUAGGAUUAGAUAAUUAAAAAAAUAAUACGAAGGUGCUGGGCACAGGAAUAUUAGAAAAAUAAUAAAUAAAAUUGGUCUUUUAUGUCGAAGGAUGUCGAGUCCAAAUUUCUCCCAUUAUUGUCGAGGAAACCGAAGACUAAUAGUUUUCUCAUGACAACUACUUAUGGUUUUCAUGGAAAAGCUAAAAAUACUCUUCGCUUCUCAUUUCCUCCGAGGUUUUGUAAAGUCUAUAGAUUAUUAUUAUAAAUGGAAUGAAUGGAUAAUUAAUAAUGUUUUUAAAUAAAUAACAAUUUGUGUUACGAAAAAAAUUACUGAUAUGUAAUCAGACUUUAUGUAAUUUCGUAACACUUAUACGUGAUUCCUUUGAUUUUUAAAAUAAAUGUUUCAAUUUUUA